UUCGUCCUGCCAUUAAUUUUUGAGAAGUUUGGAGAGGCGCGAAGACUACCCAAUUACCUACACUCUUUAAAUUUACCUAUUCUUUCUAAUAAUUUUGCCCAGCAUGUACACCAGAACCACCAUUUCUUCUCUUCUCCUGGCCGCGCCUGCCAUCUUGGCACAGUCUACCGGCAGCGGAUCCUGCACUGAUGUGCACAUCUUCAUCGCCAGAGGCUGGAACGAGCCUUAUCCAGGUCGUCAAGGAACACUUGUGGACGACAUCUGCGCGGAUCUCUCGGGUCUGACCUGCGACUACGAGGACGUUGUUUACGAUGCUGCGUCCACCGACUACUGCCCAUCAGUCCUGACUGGCGAGACCAACGGCCUUCAGCAAAUCCAAUCCUACUAUGCCAAGUGCCCAGACACCAAGCUCGUUGUGAGCGGUUACAGCGAGGGCGCCAACAUCAUUGGAGAUAUCCUUUCAGGCGGAACCUGUGGUGACUUCACUGGACUCGGCCAGACUUCUGGAGCCAGCUGCAACAUCGCCGCUGGUCUUCUCUUCGGUGACCCACAGCAUCUUCCAAACCAGCCAUACAACGUCCUAAAUGGAAGUGCCGGCGUGGGUACAGGAGGUUCUCGCACUGAGGCUCAAGCUCAGAUCUUGGAUUCUUACACUCCACGCCUUCGCUCAUACUGCCAAAUUGAUGAUCUUGUUUGCGCACCUGGCCUCGGUGCCGACACGGUUGAGGCACACACCAACUACUUCAAAUAUUACUCAGAGGACGCAGCUUCAUGGGUCGCUGGCCUCGUGAACUCUUUCCAGAAGGGACAGUACUGCUCCUCUACUACAACAAGCAGCACAGUAAGCUCAGUAGCAACCAGCACAGCGUCCGCCAGCUCUCUCUCGGACAGCGUAAUAACAAGCAUCCCAGCAGUGAGCAACAUUGUUGCAUCUUCUAGCAUUGCCUCCACCACGACAUGCACCGAGGAGGCCGUCUCCACCCCCGCGGUCUCUUCACCAGCGCCAUCGACUAUCACUUUCUGGUCCACCAAGGAGAUCACCAUCACCAGCUGUGCCGAGACAGUGACCGACUGCCCAGCCCGCAGCACCGUGAUCGACACCACCUCCAUCGCAGUCUCAACCACUAUCCUCAUUCCAACCGCUUCAGGCUCAUGGGCUACUGCCAUCUCGACCCCAGCCUCAAGCACUCCGGCUUCCUCCACAACUGUGGUCAACGGCAAGCCAGCAGUGGUUGCCUACAGCACUACCACUUCCACCACAACGCUAUGGAACUUCCCAACGAUUUCCAUCGCCAAGACUUACCCUGUCGCUACCUCAUACGUAGCAAGUGUUGGCUGGAGCAACGGAACCGUGGCCACUGGUGUUCCAUCUGGUGUCGCUGCGCCAAGCGGUGCUGGAUCUGGCUCUUGGUCCUCUGCUGCUCCUAGUGGCACUGGAUCCGGCUCUUGGUCCUCUGCUACUGCCAGCGGUAACACUCCUGCCGCCUACACUGGUGCUGCGAGCAAUGUCAAGGCUGCUGGCUGGGUUGCUGGUGCUGUCGGACUCGUCGGCAUGGCGAUGCUGUAGAUAGACGUAUGGGAAAAGUAUCCCUGAUGUAGAUAACGAUGUAUAGAUUAUUGUAAUAAGGUGUGGCAUAAUGUAAAUUCACCAAAUUGGAUCGUGAAAUUAUGCUGAAGUGCCCAAGCAGAUUUCAAGAUGAAGUCCAUCUGCAUAAAACUUUUGAUCGAUCUUGUUAACGUAGUUGGAGCUGCAACCGAAGGACGCUGAGAAAUUGCGAAUGGUAGAUUUCCGCCCUAGACUUUUCGACACGUCUCAAUUCCCUCCUCCUCCAGAAUUCCACUAUACAAGAUCGCCAGCAUACGGGAGUCUUUGUACAGAAUUACCGAGAGGUUGCUAACAGUUGAUCAGCUCCAAGGCGACUACGAGAAAUAGUCCAAGCUCAAGUGAAGAUGACGCCGCCAAGAAUUUGUCGGUCAUCUCGAAUCUGUCCACGGCACGUGUAUUGAUCCUUUGCCCAAUAACCUCUUCACUAUUAUCAACCUCCAAAUCCAAGGACAUGAAGAAAAAUAUAUCAAAAACCGUGCACCCGACAAAACCAUCCUAAUCUUCCCCUACAAAUCAACCCCCCCAUUCCCUUGCCCAUCUCCAAACCAACAACCAUGCGUCCCCUCACCCUCCUCCCAUUAUUCCUACCCUCCACAUCCUUCGCAAUCAACAUCCUCCAAUCCAACGACGACGGCUGGGCCGAAAUCAACAUCCGGGAACUCUACAACUCCCUCACAACCUGCGGCGCCAACUUCUCCUCAAUAAUCUCCGCGCCCGCAGAAAACGAAUCCGGGACAGGUUCUGCCGACACGCCACCGACACAAGUCGGAGACAAAGGUUGUGAAUUUCAGUCAUGUCCUCCGAACUCCCCGCCCACAGGAAAAAAUGAGAGUGAGCCGAGAUGGAAUUACGUAAACUCCUACCCCGUCCCCUCAAUCCGCCACGGAAUCCAAACCCUCUCUCCAAAAUUCUUUGGCGGCCCACCCGAUCUCGCCGUCACAGGUUUCAACGUCGGCACGAAUUUGGGAAUCGUGACGGCGAUUUCCGGAACUGUGGGGGCCGCAGUCGAAGCGGCGAAAUUCGGGAUUCCGGCUAUAGCUUUCUCGGGAUCGACGGGGUCGCAGACCGCUUGGAAUUCCCCGGUGGAAGAGUAUGUGAAGAUUUAUGCGGAAUUGAGUACGAAUGUUACGAAGACGUUGACGGAGAGGGAGAGGCCUUGGAUGGCGAGGGAUACGUGGUUGAAUGUGAAUUUUCCGGCUGUUAGUGAGACGUGUAAAUCUGCUUCGGAUUUCAAGUUCGUGUUGAGCAGGAUUUAUCCUAAGGUUCCGAUUGUGGGAGCACCGGAUGUGGAGACUUGUGGGAGUGAUGAGCUGCCUACGGAGAGGACGGUCGUGGGGACUAAGGGCUGUUAUGCGAGUAUUAGUGUGGGAGAUUUGAGCAAGACUGAUGCUAGCGCUGAAGAUCAGGCUGUUGUAUUGGAGAAGCUGAAGCCUAUCCUGUCUUGUCUGCCGAGUGAGAUUUAGAUCGGAAGUAGUUGAAUUAAAUGCUGUAUUGCG